CAGUGAGUGAGUGGGGAGACAGACUGAGAGUACGCCAGACGGAGCAGACGAGGCAUAUUUCGAGCGCACAUUAGGAGUGCGUAAAACCGCAGGAGCGCAAAGAAACACAGUACCCGGUAAUUGUGCGUUGGAUAAUUCGCGUUUUGAGUCUAGGAGUUGUCGACUUUAAUUGCGUCUGCUUACAGGAACAGCCCCUAUGAAUUCAGCAGCCGUCGGUUUUCUGAAUGGACGCACUGGGAAGCUUCUCCGAUGACAUGGAAAUACGCGUUAUUGAGCGUGUAGCCGGAUGCUGAGGACGCCCGAUCCUAUAAGUGAAUUUCAGCUUUCAUUUUGAGUUUUGAAAUCUCCUCUCUAACCGGCAACAACAUGGAGGGCACGAGCUUUCAGCACCAUCCCGGACUUCAGCAAACUCUGAAGCAGUUUCAUCUGAGUUCCAUGCGCUCUCUCGGCGGACCGGCUGCGUUCUCCGCUCGGUGGCACCAGGACUCACUCUUCAGUAAAGAUGGAAAAUCCGCAGAGAUGAUGCUUACCCUGCCGGCCCAGACACCUCCAGUAAUGUCCGGUCCACUUUUCAUCCCGUCCGACCGCUCCACAGAGAGGUGCGAGACGGUCCUGGAGCGGGAGCCCAUCUCCUGCUUCGUGGUCGGCGGUGAGAAGCGCCUCUGCCUGCCGCAGAUCCUCAACAGCGUCCUGAGAGAUUUUUCCCUCCAACAGAUCAACACGGUGUGCGAUGAUCUGCACAUCUACUGCUCCAGGUGCACGGCGGACCAGCUGGAGAUCCUCAAAGUGGUGGGUAUCCUGCCCUUCUCGGCUCCGUCCUGCGGGCUGAUCACUCAGACGGAUGCUGAGCGCCUCUGUAACGCUCUCAUCUACGGCGGUACUUACCCUCCUCACUGCAACAAGGAGUUAGGCUCCCUGGAGUUGGAGCGAACCGAGAAGAGCUUCAAAGUCUAUCAUGAAUGUUUUGGUCGGUGUAAGGGCUUGUUUGUCCCGGAACUGUACACCGGCCCGAGUGCCGCCUGCAUCCAGUGCAUGGAUUGCAGACUCAUGUUCCCCCCUCACAAGUUUGUGGUCCACAGUCACAAGAGACUCGAGAACCGGACAGUCCACUGGGGAUUCGACUCUGCCAACUGGCGGGCCUAUGUGCUCUUAGACCAGGACUACAGCGGGAAAGAAGAGAAGAGUCACCUGGAUCAGCUGCUUAAAGAGUUAAAAGGAAAAUAUGACCUGAUGGGCAAGCGGUCCCAUAUAUCAUGCAGGUCUCCAAGCCCUGUCCAAGCCAAAAGGUCCAAAUUCGACAAAUUACAAUCUCCAUCAGCUGACAAAGACAAGAAACCUGACUGGUUACAAUCUUUGUCAAAGUCUGCACACAAGGAUCUGAAACAGGUCCAACUGAAACAGAGGCCCUCUGCUUUCCGCCCGUGGUCUCCUAAAGCAGCAGAAAAAGAAAAACCAGCUACUCAGAAUGAGGUGGAGAGGUCCUACUCAAAUAGUCAUGAGACUUUGGUGGCUCCCAAUCUGACACCAGCUCCCCUGGCCCCUCCUGUCCAUCCCAGGGACAGCCACGCUCCUGGCAGGGGGGUCCCAGCCAUUUCCAGGCCGCCGUAUGAUCUGCAUAAUGGAGACGCACAACCUGCAGCAAAAUCGGCCCCCUCCAGUACCACCAACCGACCCGACGACAUGGACACAGAUGGCGAGAUUGAUGUGGAUGACUGUGAUGAUGGUCCAGCGCCACCUUCCUCCCUGGCUUCUCCUCCGUCAGCCUGCGCCAGUGUUUCUCAGACUCUGACCCCGCAGAGUGUUGCUCGACCUCAGGAGGGACCUGCCUGGCUGUCAGGGACAGUUUGCCCAGAGAUGGAAACCCUGAGACAGAUGCUGUGUGGAGGCACAGACACCAAAGAGGCCCGGGAAAAAGUCCUGCAGGAGAUUGUGAGGAUAAGAGUGAAGCAGGAGGAGAAGCUGGCAGCUGCUGUGCAAGCUAAACGCAGCCUUCAGCAGGAAUUGGAGUUUGUGAGGGUGGCAAAGAAAGGCCGUCUUCGUGAGGCCAUUGAAGCCAAGCGCAACCUGCGAAAGGAGAUUGAACGCCUUCGCGUGGAUUGGGAGAGGAAGAUGAGGGACGCGGAGGAGUCUUGUGGGCGGCUGAAGAGGGAGUUGGAGAGGGAGAGACAGCUGCGAGUUUGUGACAAAGGUUGUGAGGCUGAACGUCUCCGUGUCAAAUAUUCCAGUCAGAUUGAAGAGUUGCAUGUGCAGCUACAGCAGGCAGAAGCUGAUCGUGAGCAGCUGAGACAGGAGCUUCAGCAGGAGAGAGAAGCUCGGCAGACCCUGGAGACUAUUGUUAAAGAUCUGCAAACCCAGCUGGCCCUGCAGGCCGACAGCAGCCAUCCUGGAGACGCAGACGCACACAGACAGACCACACAGCACACCGAUGGAUCCUAAAGUUGCACAUUCAGAAGAAGAGAAAAAAAGACAAUAAAAAGGAGCAUUGUUAAGGACUUUGUUGCACCUCCUAUUAGGAAAAAUAAACUCAACAAAUUGCAAAGUCAGUUUUGUAGAGGAAAAAUCUGUCAUAUAUAAUAUGAUGUGAUCUAAAAUCAAUAUUAUUAUGACAAUAUAUGAAUUUUAUGAAAUGAACUGGAAAGUAGCAUGAUGUCUGAGCAUGUUGUAGAGUGUGAAAAUUAAGAAAGAUUUCUUCAGUGAUGAUCACAUCUCUCCAUUGACGUCAGAGCCCUCAGUUAGACAUCUGACGCUGUCCAAGGAUUUUAUUUUGGUAUAAGCUAUUCUAAGAUGUGCAAAUAUAGCCACAUAACACUACUUGAAUAUGAAGGGAAGAAACAUGUUGCACCUGGUGAAACAUGAGCAGAUGAUGAAACUCUUGGUGCCACAAAAUAUUGGUACACUCAAAGGUGUCAUUGCAGACCACUGGAAACAAGAGACACCAGUUUACCACUAUUUACUUUUAAUAUCAGCUUGCUUUUUAUAACUGUGUAGAGGAUGUACUUUUUAAGAAAUAUUGCUUGCGCAGCACUGUUAUUCCACAGGCAAGAAAAAACAUCCAUAUACAAACAUGUACGCAUGUAUACCAGCUUGUCUACCUUUUGUAUUUUAUAAACCUAAAGUAUUGGAUGAUACGUGGGCUGCCUUCAGAUCCACCACUGUUUUAUGCUUAGAUAUUUUAUGGAAGUGUUACUUUUUAAUAUUAUGAUGCAACUUUAUGUGUUGUUUGAAAAAUGUUUCCAAUAAUGUUUUUGCAACCAAAUCAUGUGAUAAAUAGCAAAUAUUCUUGCCCACAUUAGCGCAGAUAAGUCUACAAAUGCCCUCUUAAAAGAAAAAAAAACUUCGAUAGCUGUCUGUUUUUGUUGAAAUGCGGUACUUCUGGUUUUCUAUUGAGUAUUGUAAAAUAAUUUAUAUUCUAUAAUAAUUUGCUGAUUUUCAAAAGAAAGCAUUCAUUUUAAGUCACUGGUUUUAGGGCUCUUAAAUCAAUAAAUGCUGUUUAUAUGAACAACAUUUCUACAUAUAUACAAAAUAUGGAUAUAUAUUUUUUUACUUUAAGAAAAGGAAUUGCACUUUUUAAAGAAAAGAACCUUGCAUUGUGCAUUGUACUCCCUGUUACAUUUUUCAAAAGACAAGUUAACAUGAACUUUAAAUUUAAACACACUUUCUCUGAGUAUCCUCUGUUGUAAAUACAAUGAUAUUGUAAAUAAGAUAUUUGUUGGUAUGUUUGCUUGCUCCAGACUUAAAUUGAUUAUGAAUAUUAUUUUUUGCUCUUACUUGAAACCAAAAAAGAGACUAUAUUUGGAUUUGUAAAACUGCAAUUUCAUUAUUGUUGUAUCCCUGAGUGUCAUUGCAAUCACAGGGCAUUUAGCAGAAUGGAUGGACUUAUUUGUUUAAACAAGGAGAAUGAAACCAUGAAUGGUUGUGAAUUCGACCUGUCAAUAGUUUUUCUAGGUAUGACACACCAACAGAAUGUUAUAAUUUCUCCCUUUGUUUUGUUUAUUUGAGAAGGUCUUUAUUAUUUGAUGAAUUAUAGAGUAUAUAUUGCACCCCUGACCAAAAACUGAAAAAUGGAUUUGAAAUCCCUGCACCUCCAGCUCCCUCACUAGAUAGAGUAGAAGCGACCCGUUCUCAUGGUUUCAACCUUAGGUGCUCAAAAAACACUUUUAUGUCUUAUCAUUAUGAUACCCUCGCUCAGUAUUUGUUGGGUACAGUGUAAUAGCAAUAUCCAUUUUGUUAGCUGAUGCUGUUGUAGUUUUGGUUUGGAAGUGGGGGUUCACUUGCCUCUUGUUUCAAUGUUUUCUUUUCCUUCGGAAAACUUGUAUAAUACCUAUUAAAAUCUAAAUGAACCCUA